ACUCCACCUCUUUCACGUGAACGCGCGUUAAGCCGAAUUAGAAAAUCCUGGGUUAACAAAGCUAGCAGAUAUCCAGCUUCAUAACUCGGGUAAUGUUUAUCUAUUUCCUUCACUUAGACACUUAUUUAAUAAUGUGAAGAGUGCCGUGACGAACCAACGCCUCUAAUAAAAUCGGAUUUGUUCCUUUUAAUCACCGUAGGGGUUAAGACACGGUUACGUUUUGAUUACUAAAUCUAGCAUUGAAACAUCUCGGAUAACUGCGCGUACCCGCUCAGCCUCAUAGGGGAGAGCAAUCGAAAACCGAAUCAAGCUCCAUGAAUACAGAAAGAGAUUUACAGAUGAGAAGAAACGAGAGGGCACAUUUCUUCAGCUCCAAAGAGCAGGAACUAAUCUUGAAGUUGUAUGAAGAAGAGAGAGAAAUACUGACAGCCAAAUCUAACACCACCACCGCCUCCAAACAGAGAGAGGAAUCCUGGCAGAGAAUUGCUGAUAAAAUAAACACGGUUUCGGACAGUGGCUUCAAAAGAACGUGGCAGCAAGUGAAAGUCAAACAUAAGAAUAUCGUGCAAACAGCAAAAAGAAGACAGGUGGAGGUGCUGAGGAACCAGGGGGAACCAGGGACCCCGUCGCUGACCUCUGCAGAGGAGGACGUGCUGCAGCACAAAGACGGCCGGCUGAGAGUGGAGGUCCUUCCUGGGGGUGCCUUUAUUGAGCCACUGACGGGGUCUGAAAGCUCUUUUAUCAGUGUCUCAGGCCAUCCCGUCCUCCUCCUGCCGAUAACUAAGACAGAACCAGAGAGUGUGAGCAGUGACGAGACCGACGUCAGUGACUCUCAGUUUGAAGGGGUUUUGCAUAAUAGCAGCUUCCAGGAGAAGGCUAAUUCAGCGUGUGCUACAACCGGUGGCAGAAGAGAAGCGAGGCAUACAGAAGACAUACGGGCGCUUUACUGCAACUACCUAAAGACGGAGAUGGAGAACCGGGACCAUCAGAUGGCAUACAGAGCACUGAAGAUGAGGAAAAUAGAGAAAGAAAUGUUAUUACUUGAUAAGCAGCUUAUGUGACCAUGGUUUAUUUUCUUAUUAUUAUUAUUAUGUGUAAAAACAAUAUUUCAGGUCGGAGAAUUGUAAUAAAUUGCCUUUGUCUGAAUGCACUGUUACUGAACACUGCCAAUUUUAUUAUUUGAUGUUUUCUUUAUAAUUUAUUGUCUAAUCAAGUCUUCUGAAUUUUUUUUUGCAUCGCAGCAACUCCAUUUGCAUCAACAAAGAGAAAUAUUGGGGACAAGAAACAAGGGAACACACAUUUAACAUAACAAAACAUUACAUUCACUCAAGACAAAAUGUUCAACACCUUUGCAUACACAUUUGUUGUGGGAUUUAAUUAUGUAUUUGACUGGUCAACAUUAGAGAGCUUCAGUGUAACCUCAUUAAAUCGUGGGACUCUGUAACUCUAAUCUAUAAGUAACAAUUUAUUUUCGAUAUCCAGGAAAUGGUUAGGGAGACAAUGUUGAAUGUUGGGCAGCCUUGCCCUUAUUAAUGUUAUUUUGGUCGGAUAAGUCUGUUGCGUGUCUUUAAUGUUACAUUUGUUAAGUUAACUUUUGUUGCCGUUUUGUUGUAAAUCUGUAGUUAAAGAGUGGGCCCAGCUACAAAAACAAGAGCCUGAAAGGUU